ACACUUCUUCACAAGCUGUCAUAUCAUUUACCAGCCCAGCUGCUGCGUCAAACCACGAAAAUAGUCUUCUGCUGGUGGAUCGGAACUACUUGCUCAAACAAUCUCAGACGCCACAAGGGGAAGCUCCGUGUUUCGGUGGACGGACCGGACGCCUGUCGGAAGUCGGAUCAAUACAUCGAGAGCAGUCGUUCUGGCGGUCAAGGUGUAGUUACGACUGGCUCGGAUGCCAACCACGCAGGAGCAACAUGUCAUGUCACCAAAACUUCCGCUUUGAAUCCAUGACUUAGGAAUGGCAGCCAUGGCUGCAGCAGCCUGCUCAGACUCGGUGAAGCUGCCGCUGACUCCCGGCAGAAACGCGACGCUGCGCCCCUCACUCCAGCCGAUAUUAGCAUGGAGCUCAUCCACAGCCAUAUAGGGCAGCCCAGGCGCCCCCCCCGCCCCCGCCCCCUACCUACCCCCUGUCCACCGGAGCUCGCCCCUCCUCUUCGUCCUCCUGGUGCUCUUCAUCUUCCUCCUCACCGGCUGACGAUGAUGAUGAUGAUGAAGCUCACCUGUCUCCGCUCCCGAAGCCCUGUCCGAAGAUGAGUCAGCACGUUUGAUAUUCGCGAUUACCUCUUUCCGUCUCUAAUAAACAUGUAUUAAGCAAAAAUACAUGUGCUAGGUCAUUUGCUUUAUAGCAUGUGCGUGUCGAGAGUGCGAAAGCUAAACUUGCUAGCCAGCUAACGACUUGAAAAGUUACUGAUUCCAAGUAAAUGAAACAGCAGAGUUGGUUACAUUACAUGACGCAUUUACCUCACUACUCCCCCUCAACUGACUUUGUCGAGGAAAAAGUUAGAAAUACCAAAUGAUAUGCACGACAUUAGCACGUUGCGAAUUUAGCAACGGCGUCUGUCACUUGCUCACGUUCUUGUUGUCGUCGGUCAGCAGCCAACAAUGGCGUCGAAGGAAGUAGUUGGGAUUUCCAAUUCACAAAGGCAUUAAACAUCUAAAAUAAGAUGAGGAAAGGGCUUUGAUUUCAUGUUAUACAUGCAAAUAUUUGUCCUUUUGAUUAGGUUUGAUUAUUUACGCUACACACACAGUUCAUUUUUCAUUGUUGGGAAUUUUCUUCAUCUUUCACAUUUUUAACGUUUGAAUCCCUUUUUUUCAUAUAUAUCUCAACAAGAACCAUACUUCAGCCUUAUGGGCUGAGUGAAUAAUGAAUCUAAUCAUUUUUGCCACAAUUGUUUUGGUGCUGAAUUUUACAGUUAACAAUCCCAAUAAGCUUCUUCAGAAGCUACUCAUGCAGAUGAACGUGAUGCAAAUGAGGAUGGUGGUACACGAGUUUGAGUGAUCACUGAUCAUCUUAUUCCUAAAUAUGCUUAGUUUGCAUCGUCCCGCGCUCAUCUUUUGCCAUUCCAAACUUUAUUUCACUCUUCAUGUCAUAAGCAGGGUUUUGUUCCAGUGAAUAUUAUGGAAGGUUAGUUUGCACUAACAUGACAGUACAGCAUCAUGCAGUCCAUGUUUGGGUGUUUAAUGAAUAACCAAACCUACUGACUUACUACAACAUGUGAGCUUCGUGUCCUUUCUUUGAACACGUAGUAACAGGACCCCAUGCUUUCUUUCAGCCGAAUAUUUGAAAUAUUGUUGUUCGACAUCAUGGACAAAACCUGGGAAUGUAUGAGCUACAGCAGGGCAGCAGGCCACAGUAGCAGACGCGACAGUGUGGCACGGCUGACCCACAUUUUCUCCAGAUAUCAGUGCUGUGAAAAGCAACAGUUUGUGAGGCAGGAGGAUUAAAAUGAUUGGUGCAAAUCCCCUCGGAACGUGCCGUCUGUCUGUUCAGUGCGCCUGUCAAUACCUGAGGAGAUUACUGGAAGUGAUGUCUUUACUAGAGCCAGUUGAACAGUUGUCUCCUGCGGCACGAGAGCGCAGUGAUUGGACCAAGCUGCUGUGAGUUUCUCUCGCGAACAGAAGGAUGAACUCCAAAUGACAGAGGAGAAAUCUGCUGCUCGGAGUGGUGGCUGAUGUGUUCACCCACAACAACAUGGAGGAGCCACACACACCCCUGUGGCGCUACCUUCCCCUCACCCAGUAGGACUCCGGCUCCCUCUGACCGCCUCGGUUUUCACACAAGAAUGAUUUCAGAUCACGAGAAGGAAGGUCAGUGGGAAGCACCCAGGUUCACAGAAAGCCUAAAGCAACACCCAGCUUCUGCACAGCAGCAGACUGAGCUGUUGCUGCUGCAUUUGGAGCAUCAGGUGAUUGCCAUCAUGGGCAGCCAACAGAGUGUGAGGCUCAGUGGACACCCGGAGAACUGGAGCCCUGCAGCCAAAUCCCCCAGGACUUACAUCACACGCAAGAAAAGUGGAGCGACUGGACGACCUUUACGAAAUCUUAGCGGAUGCACAAGGACAAAGGUGCUAAAUGAUGGAUCUGAGGAAGAGAAGGUCUUCAUUCCUGCUGUCAGAAGGAAGAGAGUCACCACAUCAUGUGAUCGAAGGAAAGAUUGGGACUCUGACUCUCUGUAUGAUAAUGACCUUUACUUCCUCACAGAGCCAAGGAAAACAAGCUACAUUAUGAAGGCUGAUGCAUCACAGGAGGGAAGUAAGAACGAGCAUCACACAGCAGGGCGAGAGAUCAACAAGAUAGAAGAAGUGGAGGGCAUCAUACGCCGUGUCAGUCUGGCCAGUUCAGACCGGCUUAAGGAAGAGGGUGAAGACGAUGGAUGUCCAAAGGUGGAGCAUCAGAAAAAGGAGCAGCUGGAUGAAGAGCUACGCCUGGUGGAGGAGCUGCAAGCUCUCGGUGAAGCUCUGAGUCAGAGUCUCCACCAGGCGCUGAAGAUGGAGAGCCAAGACUGGAAGCACUUGUUGAGUGAACCCCUCAGAGACGGUGGGAGGAAUGAGCAGGAGUCAACAAGUCGGUCCUCACCUGAGCAGCUUCGCACGACUCGAGAGCCAAACGGUGGGAGCAGCCCGCUGUGGCUAAAGCCCCACGCAGCCACCUGGGAUGCUGCUCUGUUGCCGACUGUUCCGUCUCCAAUCUUGGUGGCCAAACGAACAGAGAAAAACAGUGCUGAUCAUCCUGUUGAAGAAGGUAGUUUGCACUCAGAGACAGAGCUGGAAGGAAGUGAUCGGGACGAUGAUGGACGACUUGUUCCUCUGUUCUCAGACGAAGCGUUGGACAGGCAGGAGCAGCUUUGGCAGCAGGAGGUGGAGGAGACGGUUUCCUUCUGCAGCGCCCUCUCUCAUCCCUCUCGACCCCAACAUGUUGACUUCCUGCGCAUCACUCCGCCUGACCUCAUUGGCUCACUUUCACCGGUACCGCAUGAGUCCUCGGUGGAAUCCUGGAGCCCAGUGGAAGGUGAGCGAACCCCGGGACGCCUGCAGGCCGUGUGGCCUCCACUGAAGGAGGAGAGGGUUGGACUGAAGUACACCGAAGCAGAACACCAGGCUGCACUUCUGCACUUGAAAAGAGAAUGUCAGGAUGAGCUGGAGAAGUUACAAGGAGACUUUGGUGAGCAACUGUCCAGGCUGAAGGCGGAACAUCUGGAGAACAUCAGCCGGCUGCAGCUGACCCUGGCGGAGCUGCGGACUGAACUCGCUCGGGCCAGCGCUCUGGGCCGCGGAGAGCGGCGUGACGCGGCCGUGUGGACGGGAGACCAGUUCUUGCGCAAGACCUUCCGCACACUCUGCAUCCAGACGGACGGAGAGACCUUUGUGAAGACUCCUCCGGACGGGGUCGGCCCUGUGCUGCAGAAGAUCAACCCUGGGCAGCAGCAGCAGGAGCCUCCACCACAUCUGGCAGCCUCUGCUCCUCCUGUGGAUCCACCUGCUCCUGCCACUCACACCACGCCAGAGGAAACGCUCAACCUUCCUCCGCCUCCUCCACCUUCACAGCCAGGUGUAACCCCUCCCCCUCCUCCCCCAAUGAUCCUGGGGAUGACCUUGCUUGAUAAGAAACCCAGGAAACCCGCAGUGGACCCUUCACGACCCAUGAAGCCUCUCUACUGGACCAGAAUCCAGAUCGAGGACAACAAUUCUGGAACCCUGUGGAACACGCUGGAGGAGCCCGAUAUCCUCAACACUGUGGAGUUUGAGAACCUCUUCGCUAAAACCGCCACAGAAAACAAGAAGAAGCCGCUGGCAGAGACGUACGAGAAGAAACCCAAAGCCCUAAAGAUCAAGCUGCUGGAUGGCAAACGCUCCCAGGCCGUGGGCAUCCUCAUAUCCAGCCUCCACCUGGAGAUGAAGGACAUACAACAAGCCAUUCUGAGCAUGGACCACUCGGUGGUGGACCUGGAGACGGUGGAAGCCCUCUAUGAAAACAGAGCUCAGCCGGACGAGUUGCAGCGGAUCAAGAGGCACUACCAGACCAGUCCGGAAGACCACGUCAAACUGCUGGACAAACCCGAGCAGUUCCUGUACGAACUGGCUGAAAUCCCGGACUUCGCCGGCCGGGCUCGCUGCAUCAUCUUCCGGUCGGCGUUCAUCGACGGGAUCGCGGCGAUCCAGAGGAAGCUGCACACGGUCUCCUCAGUCUGUCAGGCUCUGUCGGAGCGCAGCAGCGUGCGAGAGCUCAUGGGGCUGGUGCUGGCUUUUGGGAAUCACAUGAACGGCGGGAGCCGGGUCAGAGGUCAAGCGGACGGCUUCGGCCUGGAGAUCCUUCCCAAACUCAAAGACGUCAAAAGCCAGGACAACCGCAUCAACCUGGUGGACUACGUGGUGUCGUACUACUUACACAACAUGGACAAGAACGCUGGCACCGACAAGAGUUUGUUCCCGCUCCCCGAACCUCAGGACGUCUUCAUGGCGGCCCAAGUCAAGUUCGAGGACCUGGACCGAGACCUGAGACAGCUGGGCCGGGAUCUGAGCGGAAGUGAGAACGCCGUCCAGAGGGUUUGUGCCAACUCUCCUGAGAAACACCUGCAGCCGUUUCAGGACAAGAUGGAGGCCUUUCUUCUCAGUGCUCGAAAAGAUCAGGUGGAAGCCAGUGGCCAGCUGAAGAGCGCUCAGAAAAGCUUCCAGGAGCUGGUGCACUAUUUCGGGCUGGCGCCCAAGGCUGGCGAGAAGGAGGUGACGCCGGCUCACUUCUUCAUGCUCUGGUUCGAGUUCUGCGCCGACUUCAAGGUCCGCUGGAAGAGAGAGAACAAGAGCGUCUCCAAGCAGAGGUUGAAGGAAGCUCAGAUGUCGGUGCGGAGAAUCACCCAGUCGGACAAGAGAGUGGAGACCAGGAAGGUCAACCCCAACAGUCUGAAGCAGCGGCUGCGGCAGAAGCAGGCCAGCGUCUCGUCCUCGUAGCGGCUGGGAGGCGAGAAACGGAUCAUGGAGCAGGAGCAGCUUAGUAACACGCCACUGUAGGAAGACCCCGCUCGCUCCAUCAGUCGAGGAGGUCCAGCGCCCCCUCUGUGUCAUCGAUGCUUCUGCAUCUGAAUCUCGCUCGACUCCUCCAACAAAGACGUCAGGUCGACUUCUUUUUGUACUGGCAUGCUCCGAUGCUCCGAACACGACACGUCAGUCAAUCUCUGGCAUGAUUCUCUCACAUUUGUCCCGAGGCUUGGGAGAAAGACACUUCAAAUAAUACACAUAUGUUUUAAUCUCUGAACAAUCAAUCUGAAUGAGGAAAGAAGGAGAACAAUAAAACAUAUCCACCCUAUCAGAAAGGAGAAUGUGAAGGCAAAUAAAAACAUAAAUACAUUCUGAAGAAAUUGUUUCAUGGCAUUUAAUAGCAGUGCGCAGCUGAUCAGUUCACUUAGCAUGACUACUGAAUUUGCUUCUGUGUAUCAAAUGUGUUCUCUAAACCCAGAUGUGCAGACGCUCCAGUGGUUCUCCGGUCAGGGAGGUUGUGGGUUUGACUCCAGCUCCAGGUACGGUCACUCCGAUUUCCUCCUUCGACGGUCCAACAGUGGGGGUCACGUGACCCUGCCGGGUCUAGUCCGUGUCCACGUUGGUGCAGCGGCACUGCUUGACCUGCUGGACCUUCCUCCUGCGUGUGCCGGGCGUCCGACCCGGGCAGAGCAGCGUGUAGGUGACGGCGCUGGAGGCCCGGGGUUUGCAGGCGGAGCAGGAGCGGAAGGCAGCGGCGCCGCCCUGCUGGUCCUGCCGGGGGAUGUAGAAGGAGCUGCA